AUGGCCGCUACUGAUGCGAUACAUCAGACAUACGUAAUGGCGCCGCCCCCGAAGCGCCAGCGAACAACCGCCGCGAAAGCUGCUCCAAAACCUAGAGCUCGUGUGAAGCUUGCGGAUCAUCCAGUAGCAGGCACGGUCGCACCUGAUCUCAUCGGCGGUCAAGGCAGAGAAACGGCUGAGGACAUUGGAGAGGAAACCGUGCUACGCCCCAAAGUUCCAUCGACAACCACAACGACAACCGCUGCCGCCGAAGCGUCCCACACCCACCCCCAUGUCGCCGUCUCCCCGGCCAACUACGCCGCAGCAAAGAAGACAAUGGCAUCGCGGAGCACGAACCCCGUUUCCUCAAAGUUUUUCGAUAGUGUCGCCAACCCCGUCAGAGCAGCCAAAGGGAAGCAGAAGGCGCCAGCGAACGGAAAGGCAGGCGUCGAUCCGCCUAACGAUACCGCACCAUCCGCCAUUCCUGCUGCGCACACAGAUAGCGGAGAGGACGAUCCGAAGAGUAAGCCGGACCCUGCUGCUGGCACGUCAAGUCCCGGGGGAGCACCUGCCGACCUCCUCGCGCAAUUCAAGCCGCGCAAGCAGAAGUAA